GGCUCGCUGACGUUUCUUCGCACCUCUAGGUAUCUGAACAUUUCCGUACUCUCAUCUUGUUUAUUAUAUACCACUUGGGCAACCCAACUUAUACCUCCUUAGCGUAGUGGUGUUGUCUGGUACGGAUAUUUGCGUAUCCCUACUUCCUCACUGAAACCCGCAGCAUACAUCUUGUUUGCCUGCUCCUAGCCUGCUUGCAUUCUGUCGUCCUCGCCUCGGUUUACCAUAUUACUACGGUAAACUUGAGGUAUGACGUGAUUUGGCAGAAGGGCAUCUUACUUUACCACGUAAUGGAACAGCCCGACCUCUCGAUAUCUACCGAUAUUCCGACAGCUGUUCCCCGUCAAUCCACCGAAUCUCCCACUGAUAGUACCUCGGCCGAGUCAAGUCGAUCCCACAGCUUCGACCAUCUUGCCCAUUCCGUUCCAUCUCUCCGAUUUCCCCGCCCGUUAGGCAACCGACAACUCACCAACUGGGUUUCUACCAGUUCGCCCGACAUUAUGCAACCAGAAACCCUCCUCGACGACGAGCCUAGCCUCGCCGAGCUAGGUUACGACGUCAUCGGCACUGAUGGGGAGAGUCAGGCCGAGUCCAUUGCUAGCUCUUUUGACUAUCAAAAGCCUGACGAUGUUCAGAGCCUAGCCGGCACCGAUACUGGAACCGAUGUUGAUGUUAACGAAGUCGAUACUGAAUCAUCCGAUGACGAAGAGGAAGAAGAGGCACCCACGCUAGCUAACACAGCUGAGAGCCCGAGCAUCAGUAGCACACUCGUCGAGCGUGGCGAUACAACCGAUAACGAAGACAUCGACGUUGACACUCUUUUAAAUCGGAGUCUUGAGAAUCCUACAGACUUUUCUCAACAUGGUCUCCCGUCAUUGAUGUUCAUGGGGCAAAAAGACCUAGGCCAUACUAAGGAGUUCCUCACACAAAGACAGAAACUGCCCUCUCAAGAUGUAAAUCUAGGCAAAGGGGACACUGCCCUGAAACGGAAUAGGUUUGCGUACUACAACUCGGAGAGCUAUCGUCUGGCGCUCAGAUAUGCCCGAGGAAGUCGCCGCGUUUUGAUAGUUCUGUCUGGCCUCGCCAUUCUGUACAGUCUUGCUAUCGCCGGCAAGCACUUACUAUUCACUCCACCAACCCCAAAGGUCUUAUCUACCGUUCCAGUGGCGUCAGUCUCUUCUGCUGCGGUUCCCUCUUCUGUCCGACAAAUCGUUCCCAGUUCUGCGUCCACCCCAACCAUGACGAGCUCCAAUACACAAAAAGCUCUACAAACCGGUACCUCGCCGAGCAGCCUUAGCUUCAUAGCGUUUGGAAAAGACAAAUCACAAGCAGGCCUAGCCAGCCAACCACAGCAACAAAGUAUCUGCUCGGCAGAGCUAUAUGAUCGCAAUGAGAUCAUGGUAAAGAUUCCCCAAACCCAUAAGUCCACCUGGCUUGCGAGGGAUGCCAUCCUGAUCGCAGUUAGUCGGGGCCUUUACGACAUCCCGACCAAGGUAUCCUUAGUAGAGGAGGGCUUCUUAAUUGAAGUGCCACUGGAAGAGGCACACGAUGUCCUAGCCGUAUCUAUUGCGACGACUUCUCGACCCAAGAUUAAGGAAACAUUCCACGUUGACUUCGGCAGGAACAAGUUUAUAGGAGCCCUAGAUGCUGGCAAGCAACUUGUAAAGGGCUUUGCACAAAGGCUUGUCGACACCGUCAAUGAGACAACGGCAUGGGUUGAAGAGACCUACAUUCCGGCUUUAGACGUCAUGUCGAAACAAGUUUGUAGCCAGACUUCUUCCGUCUCCGACUCCCUCAUCCAGGGGCUCAGAGAGGUGGGAAAGGCGGCCCUCGUGCACCCGACUCGACUUACAAACCAGGUUUUGGCUCGUGUCAAGGAAUCAUUUGAUAGCGACGAUCUAGCACGACGCCAACAAGAAGCCCAAGUUCAGCUCGGGCGUGGCGCCCAGAACGUACGUGACGAUCUCGCCCUACGUUAUCUCUCUGCGCAACUUAGAUCUAAGCUCUUGUGGUUGCGACUUCAAGGGAAAACUGAGGAGUAUGAACGUUAUCUUUCAAAGGCCGAGGCUUACUUGAAAGACCGAACAGAGGAUGCAGAGAUGGCUAAACACGAAAGAGCCAAACCUAUCAAGGGGCAGGCACGAUCUAAACGAAAUCAGGAGCAUAGCGAAACGAGAAGAUCCCUCUGGAGCAAAGCAAAGAGGGCGCCUCGGGCAUAAUCUGAUUCUUCUGAGCACUUUAUAUUACAUGGUUGGCUCAGGCGAACUGAGGGACGGCGGCGUUGGGCUUUAGUGAUGUAAUUGUCUUUGCUAAUUAUUACGUUCCUGUUUCUACCAUUCUAACACCAAUGCAGAGCGAGGAAAUCUCCCAUAUCCAUCCAUAUUCUCCUUUUACCUCCCCUCCCAGUCACUCUGCUUUGGUUGCUGCGAAUGUGCUCGAGGACAAAUGACCAGGGUUACGAUGUGGCAUCUUAUUUUCUCUCCUUUUUUUUUCUACUCAGUCGAGUACUAGGGGCUGUAAAGGAUUGUCAGGGGUCGGACAGAAGGGAUAUUCCCACAUGUUCUUAUAUUCCAUCCGAUUCAGCAUUGGUGUUGGGUGGUAGUCACCCCGGGGGGCGUUAAACAGCUCAUGUUAGUGAAGGUUAUAUCACGUGGAUAGUGGACUCUGGGAUUGAGGGCUAUUACGGUUGGCUUUGCAUCAAUCUGCAAAGGAGGGAAAUGCUGAUUAGACGCAGAGGAAUCCCUACAUAGAUCAUUGAGAAGAUGUCGGAUAAUGCAGUGACUUCAUGCUUGCACCUCUUUGGUCCCCCUUAAUGAGAUGAAGUGACAAUCUCGGGGAUGUCUUUAUAAUGUUACAAGAGUGUAUACUUAGUGAUCAGCUGUUGCCUAUUACCUGCUAUACCUAGUAUCCUUUACCUAGGUCCCUGGAAAGUACUGUAAUAGUAGUAUGGCAUUUAGG